GCAACGGCGCCAUGCCCGAUAUCAAGGACUGGCUCCGGGCCGCGGCGAGCACGCUCGCCCCGGGCGAGGUAGUCAAGCCCGAGAGCCUCAACUUUCUCGACGCAAUGAACGCGCUCGAGAUGAUGGACCCCGCGAUGGACUGGGGCGUCAACAUCUCCCCCAAGGGAAGCUUUGAUCCCGCGGCCCUCGUCAAGCCGCAGCAGCUCUGCUGGAUAAUGGACGAGAUGAGCGCGCGCGAGCUCGCAUGGCACCGCGGCGGGACGCUAGCACAGACAGUGUACACCAGCCUGCACUACCACAACACGCUGCUCGUCUCGCCGCGCGUCGAGCGCACGCAUCCUGAUUUCCCUGCGCUCGAGGCGUGCACCGCCGCCCUGCGCGCCUGGGUUCUCGGCUACGCCAAGAGCAUCGAGGUCGCCUACCAUGCCUUGCUGGACGCGAACGGCGCCGCUCGGGACGGCGAGGACGUGUGGCUCGACGCGUACGGCAUCCCGAUUGAGACGACCGAGACGGCCGACGAGGUGGCCACGUAUCUUGAGAACGAGACAGCGUGGCUUGCUGCCGAUGCCGGGAGGGCAAGUGAUCCAUGGUGGGCCAACGUGCUUUUGCGGCUGCGUUUCCGUGCACAAUGGCUCGAUGCGCUCCGCCACCGCCCGAGCCAGCUCGACCUCAACGGCCUGCGCCUGUCGACCGAGGCCGUCCCGUCCGCCUUUGACGCCGUGACCCCGUUUCUGCGGCAGAACAUGCCGCUGCCGGUUGUCACGCCGCCGGGCCACGAGGCGACGUGGGCUGCGUUCAUCGCGGCCGCUGACGACCUGGUGCGCAUGGUCCAGAUGAGCGGCAACGCGCUCGAUGAGCUCGAGGAGUCACUCGUUGGCGUGCAGCUGCGGCCCAUGCUCCCGAUCGUGCGCGCAAUCUACAAGACCGAGCUCUGCGAGAUGCCAUCCCGCGCGCGCCUGAUCGACGAGUGGCUCCAGAACGCCACCGGCCUCCCACCAGCAAUCCUCCAGCGCAUCGACAUGCACAUCACGGGCCCGAACGACCGGCGCUCGUUCGCCCUCUGGCGCGACAUCAUCAGCGGGACCCUCGUCCAGACACUGCAAGUGCCGCUGAUGAACCCCACGCGCCAGCGCAGGGCGUACAUGCACCUCGCGCGCGGGUGGACCGACCAGGCGAGCGCAGCGGCCAGGCUCGCGCACUACCCCGACAUGGAGCGCCUCGUGCCCGCGCUCCAUGGGCGCUCGCUCGACUGCGAGCUGCACGCCAGCCUGCUGGCGUUCGAUCUCGGCCUCGUCGCCGACAACGAGCAGCGCGCAGCGUGGUGGUGGAUCCUGGCUAUUACGCGGGCGCGCGCGCGCCUCGGGCUCGUGGGGACGUGGGAGGCGCGCUGGGCCCAGGCCUGGGGUGCUGUCGCUGCGGCGCUGCUUCUGCUCUACACGGUCAUUCCCCUCGCUUCGGACGACAAGACAUCCCGACCGCACUUCACACUGCGGCACAAGAUUGCACUGCGUGCCCGCGCAGCCUUCGUCCCCCCGUCAGCCGAUGAGUGGGAGCGUACCCGCGCAGGUCUGGACGCGGCGGUUGCAAAAGACGCCGCUGCGGCGCUCGACCUCGCGCUCAACUGGCUCGACGCAGCAACCGAGCACUUUAGAGACCUUGGAGUCGACACGCAUGUGCCCGUUGGCGGGAUCCUGCUUGACUUGUCUCGCCUGGUGCAGGCCGUCUCUGGCGGUGGCGAGCUAGGCUGGGAACGCCGGUUAUCCCGCGUGCCUCUCCUCGUUGCGCACACUUUAUAA